GAGAUGGUUGAUGGGCUGACGAGUGAUUCAAAAAGAGUGAAAGGAAAAUUUUGUACACAUUUUUUCACAAAUUGAAUUCCCGCAGCACAUUCUGGAUGUGAGGGAGUUAUGAAAAGGAUAUUCAAAUGAUUUUUUUCCCAGACAUCCGAGGAAAGCAAAAAUAUGCUAUCGUCGUAGCAUUUGUAAGCUGAAAUCCCUGCUGCCAUCACCAGCAACAAUCCAAUUCCUCCCAUGGAAGAAUGUUCUGUUCCCGUUUCGAAGAGUUCGGCACUGAGCGAAUUAUAAACUAAUAUCACUACAAUAACAGGAAUGUGGACAAAGAAAACCCUAGCCUCGGAUAAAAUGGAUAAAUUCUUGUAUCUUUGUUUCUUGAUGAUCUGCUGGCCACAAAGUGGAGUUGGCAUUCAGCAUUCUGCCUAUCCUCAUUUAGUAGCGGCGCCAUGUCCGACUGGCUACUUUCCUUGCAAUACGUCUGACGUGUGCGUGGAACAGAGAAAGAAUUGUGACAGUCAUUCCGACUGCCCUGAUAGCUCCGACGAAUGGGCUUGCGAGGACCACAAUCGGAAAAAUUUAUUUGACCACCUGUUCAAGAAAAGACCUGAUGCGGACAGAGAAAAAAAUAUGUCAGGAUGCGAAUUGCGUACAUCUCCAAGCGAAUGCAGUUGUUCCAAAAAGAGCCUGUACUGCAAUCACAGAAAUCUACGCAAAGUUCCACUUCUUCUACCUCAAAACGUACAAGAACUGGACUUGUCUGGCAAUAAGCUUCACAUCCUUCAGAAAUCCGAUUUUCCAGAACUAAGACAUUUGAAUACGUUGUUAUUAACUUCGUCCGAAGUGACACUUCUGAAAACUGAGGCCUUCGGAAAUCUCAUGUACCUAAAACAGUUAUAUUUGACGAACAAUCGUAUUUCUGUUAUAACAAAUGGAACAUUUUGGAGUAACACGAAUCUCAAACUUUUGGUUUUAUCUCACAAUCCUCUCUCAGUAUUGUCUUCUGGAGCAUUUGUGGGAUUAUUGAACCUGGAAGAUCUGGAUCUCAGAGAAUGCGGACUUCAGACCUUACCUCCUUCUGUGUUUGAUGAUUUACCAAGACUUAGCUCUUUAUUGCUGGAUGGAAACAAGUUGGAAACAUUUCCUCCUUACAUUUUCCAGAAUUUGAAGAAACUCCAAAUUCUGUCUCUUUCCAGAAAUGAACUGACGAUGGUGGAUUCGCUUAUUUUCGACGGAUUGGAAAACUUAAAAAGCUUGGCUAUAUCAAAGAACAAGCUACAUUCGCUAAGAGCUGAUACUUUUGGUAAUUUGACGUCCCUUUUAAAGCUGGACCUUCAAGGAAACCAAAUACGCAGUAUUGAAAGAAAAACAUUUUCCAUGAUGACUAAACUGGAUUCACUAAAUCUAAAGAAGAAUCCAUUGAAAGCUUUAAGACCAGGAGCCUUUGAUGAACUUCUACUGCUAAAUUAUAUAUAUUUCGAUGAAUUUCAUCUGUGCUCAUUGGCCCUUCAUGUCCGGGUAUGUGAACCACGCGGUGAUGGUAUAAGCAGCAUUGCCCACUUGUUGGACAGUGUAGUUCUCCGCAUUAGCGUGUGGCUGGUUGCUUUCGUGGCCGGACUAGGCAACGUGGCUGUCCUUGUCGGACGAUUUCUGCUUGCUGAGCCCAACGAGGUUCACUCGUUCUACAUCAAGAACUUAUCACUGGCCGAUCUCCUGAUGUCUUUGUACUUAUUCAUCAUCGCCGCCUAUGAUGUUGUAUUUAGAGGACAAUACAUUCACCACGAGACAAGAUGGAGGCACAGUUGGCAGUGCAGCAUGUGUGGUUUUCUCUCCACCCUCAGCAGCGAAUCGUCAGUGCUCAUUCUCACCAUCAUAACUGUUGACAGGUACACAUCUAUCCUGUAUCCUUUGUCCUUAAAGAGAAGGACCAUUGCAUCGGCCUCCAUCGCCAUGGGUGCCGUCUGGAGUGUUGCCAUUCUCCUUUCCGCCUUGCCACUUCUCGACAUUGAUUACUACGGGGAUGAAUUCUACGGCAACAACGGAGUGUGUUUGCCACUUCACAUACACGAUCCGUUCGGACAAGCUUGGGAGUACUCUACUUUCCUGUUCUGUGGUCUCAACUUGGCCGCUUUCCUCUUCAUCCUGUUCGCCUACAUCUCGAUGUUCUUCACCAUCUCCCACUCCAAGAUCGGACUGCGCUCCACCCAGCAGCUGCAGGACAGGACCAUCGCGAAACGGUUCGCCUUCAUCGUCGGCACCGACUUCCUCUGCUGGGUGCCCAUCGUACUCAUCAAGGUCAUCGCCAUGGGAGGUGUCGAAAUCCAAAAAGACUUGUAUGCGUGGGUGGCGGUCUUUCUACUGCCCGUGAAUUCUGCCCUCAACCCUGUGCUGUACACCUUGACCACAAAGCUAUUCAAGCAGCACUUGGCCAAGAUAGUGUACAGCUGUCGGACUCCCGCCCAUACGGCCAACGACAAUUCAGGGAUCUCACUUACCUCCAUUCUGCACCACCGAAACUCCAAGAAAACCAUGGUCACUACUUUCUCGGAGAAGGACCACAACUCCUCCAACAGAACCUCUUUACUUAUUCCUGACAGUCCAGCAAGCGUCAGAGCUAAUUCAUCACACAAGAGGAAAGACUUCCACAGCUACAUCAAAGAAGAUAUGAUUUAAAAGGGAAAAGAUGUAUAAGGAAUAUGCUGGCAAUCCAUUCAGUUUUAAAAAAAUUGUAUUAUGAAGAGUCAAUUAGUAUGCCAAAAAAUAUUUCACAUUUCGAGUACGUCCAGAAUGGUUCGUUAUUUGGUCAAAAACUGUCCAUAAGUCAUUUUGUCAUAUGUUUUUCUGAAAGUAUAUGAAUGUGAGUAUCUAAUUUGUUUUCAAAGGUCAAUAUCUUUAUGACCAAAAGGCAAUUUAUUUGAUAGUUUUAUGUAAAGGAUAUUAUAUAUUUAUUUAUUUAAAGUCAUUUUCGUGUAUACUAUUUGAUGUCAAUACAUUGUAUAAAAUGAGAAAAAGCAUUUUUCACUGAAUAAUUACUUUUAUUCAAUUAUAUUGGAUGUAAGUGAAUAAAAGUUUAUUAAGCUUUGGGAAAGUUUAGUUUUGCAUGUUCAGAUCAAUUUUAAAUGUCUUUACAAUCAUUCAUGAAUUUCAUAAAUAAAAUUUGAGAAUUAUUGAGGAAAAUGUUUAAUGAAGCCAGUUAAUGUUCUCAUGAUAUAUGUCAAAACUGCAUGUCCAGCCAGUUUGAAUGUGGAAUCUAUUUGUAUUUUACAACUGGGGAAGAGCCAUUAAAUCAUGAUACAACGUUCAUUUUAUUACAGUUAUUUCUAGUAUAGGAAUAACAACAGAGUUAUUUAAAGACGAACCUCGAAAUUUUGAAACAUGGUCAGAUGACGAGGGCGAAAUUCGAGGAAACAUGAAUUUAACAUCCAACAGAAAGGCUUAUAUAGAUAUUCUUUGAUGGAAUUGGAGGUUCGAUCAUGGAGUCUACAGGUCCCAGAGUCGAAACUGUUACUAAAUAUGUGAUUGUAGGCUGACUUGCAGAUAUAAUUUUUAUGCAACUUUAACAGAAUGAGAACUGACUUCAUUACAUUUACUCUUAAAAGUAUCUUACCAUAUUGGUAUGUAAUCACUUGUAAAUAUACAUCAGGCUUUUCCAUUCUUUUAAAAUGUCUGUUGAAAAGUUUUUAAAAAUUUAUAAUUUAAAUCUUAUUUAGCAUAUUCAGUUCAGAAAAUUCCUGUUUGAUUUGGAUCAUCCUGUGUAUGUUAAAAUGGUUCAUUCACAAAAUAAUUUUAAUUUACAUAGGGAGAUCCAAAUGAAACGAGAGAAAUUUUGGCCCUUCUUGUGUAAAAUCUAUCAACUGAAUCACAACCAAAUGUUAAGUGCUGUUUCUCCGAAGUAUGCGGUAUCGAUUUCAGAAAAAAAAAUUUCAUAUUUUGACAGAUUUGAAAGAUUGAAAUUUGACUCUGUGGUGCUAAUAACUUGCAUAAAAUUAAAAAUAUAUGUUUUUUUUUUCUUUUAUAUAUAUAUCUUAAAAGUAUCAUCAUUAAAGUACGAUUUCAGCGACAUUGACACUAUCUUUAUCAUCGAUAGUUAUUCAUUAACAUUUUUUUUCCUCAUAUCUCGCAAUAUUUCUGUUGCUCUCAAGACUUAUUGACAGAUAAAAGGUUCAUUCUGAUGAGCUCAUUCAUUCUGACGGCAUCUCCCUAUGAACUAAAAUAUGAAUUAUUAUUUUUUUCCCCUCUAGAAUCGAAAUUACGUACAGAAGAGAAUAUGUAUGCAAAAUUUGGCUGCGAUUCAGAAACAGUUUUUUCCCACAGAGAAUAUAUAAACAUAUUCUGCAUUAUUUGAAUAGCCUUGUAUUCAAACAAUCUCUUUAAGAGAAUUUUAGAUUUGUUUUAAGUAUUAUAAUAAUUGAUAUAAUUUAUUUUUAUCAACU